AAUGUGAAAUGGGCGUGGCUAGACGGAGGAAGCGGCUCUAGCAUAUCAAGCAAAACAAAAGCGAUUCAACGAAAUAAUGCGACUAAACUGAUCAGAUGGUUUGCUGACGAUGUCCUCUUUCCCGUCCUCCACCUCCAAGACUCUGUCCUCCACGCCGCUGAAGAGCAGAUCCAGCGUCCUGCAGCGCAGUAGGAGUCUGGAAUCCAGUGGCGGCUCCACCUCCUCUCUGAUCUCUCCCAUCUAUCACGACAGCUUCGAUCAUUCAGAGGAUGAACCAGAAGAUCACUUUCAGCCUAUUCGCAACCUCACCAUCACGCUAAAUGAAGACGCAGCGCCGCUUUCUCCAUCCAGGGGUGAGGUGAACACGACAGGCCUGGACGACAGACUUUCCUCCAGUCAGAUGAAACUGAGCGCCUGGGAGCAGUGGAUUGUGGCUAAAGCCAAGGAAGAGCGCGUCCGAAAGCAGCAGAAAGCUGUGGAGGAGCUCACGCUGAAGGAUAAAGAGAAGGAGAAGGAAAAAGAAGAGCAGAAGAAGAAAGUCGCCAGUGAUUGCAAAAUUCAAGAGUGGCUGCAAAUGAAACGAGAACAGGAAAAGAAAGACAAGCAGUCCAGAGAGUCUCAGAAGAGCGAGAAACAGCUUAAAGAAGAGCAAAAGCGAGGGGAGAUCGAGAGAAGAGCUCAGGAGAAAUAUAAAGAGUGGCUGCGGAAGAAGAAGCAGGAGGAAGCUGAGAGAAAGCUGAGAGAGAAGGAAGAAGCAGAGAGAAGACUAGCGGAAGAGCGGGAGCGGAAAGAAAAGGCGGAGGAAAGCUUUAAAGAAUGGCUUGAUGGGGUGAAAAGCAAACAGAAAGUGAGCCGACAGUCUUCAGCAUGCUCAGCCGGGAGCUAUAACAAUGUGAAUUAUCCGUCUCCGAGUUUCGUCAACCCCAUUCCCUGGAAACCCAUUCAUGUCCCGAAGCAGGAGCCAUCGGCCCGCAAGAGUUCAUCUCGGAGGAGAAAAACAGGACCAGCCAAAAGCCAAUCCAGCUCCUGCUUCACUUACAGACCCAAAGACACCAUCAGUUUCGCCUGUAAGAGGCGCUGAUGCUGCCAUCUGCUGGACUCUUAUUAACACUUGCUGCGUUUUUAUCAAGCAGAAAUUGAUGUUUUUGACUCGAUGAGUUGACUCGUGUGUAUUUUUGGUUGAAUGUUUGCUAAAUAUGAAAGCAGAUGAUUUUUCUACUCCAAAUAAAAGAUUUUUGUAAAUGC